AAAUAUAAAAAAGCCGCAGAUAUAUACUCAUUUGGUAUUACAAUGUUUGAAACUAUUGGAUGGGGUGAUAUUUAUCCAAAAACAAAUUUUAAGUUUCCAUGGAAAAUUGCUGAAUUUGUAA